UUAUCAAGUGGGAAUCCAGUAUAUGAAAAGUACUAUAGACAGGUUGAUACAGGCAAUACUGGAAGGGUGCUGGCUUCAGAUGCUGCUGCUUUCCUGAAAAAAUCAGGGCUUCCAGACCUGAUACUUGGAAAGAUUUGGGAUUUAGCUGACACAGAUGGCAAAGGCAUUCUGAACAAACAAGAAUUUUUUGUUGCUUUGCGUCUUGUGGCAUGUGCUCAGAGUGGACUGGAGGUUUCACUGAAUAGCUUGAACCUGGCUGUUCCUCCACCAAGAUUUCAUGAUACCAGUAACCCUUUGCUAACCAGUGGAACUUCUGCAGCUGAGCUCCCAUGGGCUGUAAAAUCUGAAGAUAAGGCCAAAUAUGAUGCAAUUUUUGAUAGCUUAAGCCCAGUGAAUGGAUUUUUGUCUGGUGAUCAAGUGAAACCAGUGUUGCUCAACUCUAAGUUGCCUGUGGAAAUCCUUGGAAGAGUUUGGGAGCUGAGUGAUAUUGACCACGAUGGAAUGCUUGACAGAGAUGAGUUUGCAGUUGCCAUGUUUUUGGUAUACUGUGCACUGGAGAAAGAACCUGUGCCAAUGUCCUUGCCUCCAGCUUUGGUGCCACCAUCUAAAAGAAAAACGGUCAGUAUAUCAGGCUCUAUGCGAUUGAUCCCCUCCUCAGCACCAGCCAAGGAAUCUUACCACUCCUUGCCACCUGUAGGCAUUUUACCUACCAAAGCACCGUUAAGACAGUGGGUUGUAUCCCCUGCAGAAAAGGCUAAAUAUGAUGAAAUCUUCCUGAAAACAGAUAAAGAUAUGGAUGGGUUUGUGUCUGGAUUGGAGGUCCGUGAAAUCUUCCUGAAAACAGGUUUACCUUCUGCCUUACUAGCCCGGAUUUGGGCAUUAUGUGACACAAAAGACUGUGGGAAGCUUUCAAAGGAUCAGUUUGCGUUGGCUUUUCACUUAAUCAAUCAAAAGUUAAUAAAAGGCAUUGAUCCUCCUCACAUUCUUACUCCCGAGAUGAUUCCACCAUCAGAUAGGAUGACUUCACAAAAGAACAUCAUAGGAUCAAGUCCUGUUGCAGAUUUCUCUGCUAUUAAGGAGCUAGAUACCCUUAACAAUGAAAUAGUUGACCUGCAGAGGGAAAAGAAUAAUGUGGAAAAGGACCUUAAGGAGAAAGAAGAUACUGUUAAACAGAGGACAAGUGAGGUUCAGGAUCUUCAAGAUGAAGUUCAAAGGGAGAAUGUUAAUCUGCAAAAACUACAGGCCCAGAAGCAGCAAGUACAGGAACUCCUUGAUGAACUGGACGAGCAGAAAGCCCAGCUAGAGGAGCAACUCAAAGAAGUCAGAAAGAAAUGUGCAGAGGAGGCCCAGUUGAUCUCAUCUUUGAAAGCUGAAAUAACUAGUCAAGAAUCACAAAUCUCGACUUACGAGGAAGAACUGGCCAAAGCGAGGGAAGAGCUGAGCCUCCUACAACAAGAAACAGCAGAAUUAGAGGAGAGUGUGGAGUCAGGAAAGGCUCAGCUGGAACCUCUUCAACAGCACCUUCAAGAGUCCCAGCAGGAAAUCAGUUCAAUGCAAAUGAGACUGAUAGACAUGAAAGAUCUGGAAAAUCAUAGUAAUCAAUCGAAUUGGUGCAAUAGUCCACACAGUAUUCUUGUAAAUGGCGCUACAGAUUAUUGCAGUCUCAGCACCAGCAGCAGCGAAGCAGCCAACCUUAAUGAACCUUCUGAAGGCCAGAGCAACCUAGAGUCUGAGCCCAUCCACCAGGAGUCUCCGGCAAGAAGCAGUCCUGAAAUCCCACCUUCUGAUGUGACUGAUGAAAGUGAAGUGGUGACUGCAGCUGUUAGCGAAAAAGUUUGUCCCGAAGUUGACAAUGACAAACAUGCAAAAGAGGAAGAUCCAUUUAAUGUAGAAUCAAGUUCACUGACAGAUCCAGUUGCAGAUACAAACUUGGAUUUUUUCCAGUCCGAUCCUUUUGUUGGCAGUGAUCCUUUCAAGGAUGAUCCUUUUGGAAAAAUAGACCCAUUUGGUGGUGAUCCUUUCAAAGGUUCGGAUCCUUUUGCAUCUGACUGUUUCUUCAAGCAGUCUUCUGCUGACCCUUUUGCCACUUCAGGUCCUGACCCUUUCAGUGCACCCAGCAAUGGCAAUAAUGCAUCGGUAGAAACAUUGAAGCACAACGAUCCUUUUGCUCCUGGUGGAACAGUUGUUAUUGCAGCAAGCGAUUCAGCAACAGACCCCUUUGCUUCUGUUUUCGGAAAUGAAUCAUUUGGAGAUGGAUUUGCUGACUUCAGCACAUUAUCAAAGGUCAACAAUGAAGAUCCUUUUAGUUCAGCUACAUCUAGCUCUGUCAGCAGUGUGGUCGUUCCUAAAAAUGCGUUUGAGGAAACAACGAUCAAGAGUGAAGAUGUACCCCCCGCACUGCCACCAAAGACUGGAACGCCAACAAGGCCUUGCCCACCGCCACCUGGGAAAAGACCCAUCAACAAAUUGGAUUCUUCUGAUCCCUUUAAAGUGAAUGAUCCAUUUCAGCCUUUCCCAGGCAGUGAUAGCCCCAAAGAAAAAGAUCCUGAUAUGUUUUGUGAUCCAUUCACUUCUACUUCUACUACUGCCAAUAAAGAGGCUGACCCAAGCAAUUUUGCUAACUUCAGUGCUUAUCCCUCUGAAGAAGAUAUGAUUGAAUGGGCCAAGAGGGAGAGUGAGAGAGAGGAAGAGCAGAGGCUUGCCCGGCUGAACCAGCAAGAACAAGAAGACUUAGAACUGGCUAUUGCACUCAGCAAAUCUGAGAUAUCAGAAGCAUGAAGAAUUCUCUUGUCCUUUGUCAACAAUACGAUAUUCGUCUUCCUGAAUAUUGAAGCUAUUUACCAUGUAUAUCAAACUACCUAUGAGCAUGGGAAUAUAAAGGGUUUAAAUUCCUGUAAAUGUGACAAAAGUCUAGGUUUUUUGGUUCUAACUCUUUUGCAGAUUUGUCUCAUUUUAUUUUUUCCUUGAAAAGCAGUAAAUCAGAUAAGACCGCUUCACCUAGGCCCCUGUCCGGUGCGCAUUUACUGUGAGCUUCUGCCUGCCUCUGCUACUUCACUGUGCAGCCAUAGCACCAAGCUUCUGUGUUUGCCCCGCGCUAGCCUUGACCUGUAGUUCUUCUGAUGGGAGCCUGUGAGGUUCUUCCAGUCUGCAGUAUUCUCCCCUGCUUUGAGUGGUUGAAGGAGGGGAAGGAAAGAACCUAUUUCUUUAUGAUUGGUACAAAUUGGCUGGUCUAAAGUGCAUUUUUAAAUGCCCCUGUAGUAAAAAUACUAUUUUAUUUGCUUUUUAGAGACAAAGAAAAAUAUUUUGCAUAGAUCAACUCCACGACUGGAAAAGAUGCUUUGGGUUGAACCAUUUUAACUUGAGAGCGAAAUUUUUCCAAAAUAAAAACAGUAAAGCUUCAUGUGUGAAAUACAUUUUUAAAAACAAUUUUCUCUGGGUUUAAAAAAUCUUGUACCAACAGAUACCUCUCCUUGUGUUUGUUAAUUAGCAAAGUCAAUUUCUUAUGAAUAAGAUUUGUAAGAAAACAUUCACUUUAAGUGCCAGCAGAGAAACUUUAUCACUUAAAAUACACUUAUCAGCAUGUGAGGAAAAGUCUUAACACACAGCCAUUCUGCCUUUGCUUGGGCACUGUCCUUUUUAGUUUGUGAUAGGUUUACUCUUGUACUUUUGCAGAAGGAACUUCAGCAAGCUAGAACUGGAAGGUACCUUAAUUUUUCUUUUCUUUUCUUUUUCUUUCUUGUUUAAUGAAGGCUCAACUACUUGAAAUACAAAAACUCACGGAACACAAAUGGAAAAGUGACAUGUAUUAGAUCAUACUGCUUUUUAUUCAUCUUUGUGGUUUAAAUUAGUUUAUUUACUCUCCAUGUUUUUCACCUAUAAAAUUGACAAACUGGCAAAAAAAUUCUUUUAAUUGGGAAAGAAAAGAACCCCCAAAAUAUCAAAAUUUUUCAUGUGUUAAAAACCCCAUUCACAGACAAGCCCAGACGUAACAGAAAGCUGAAUUUGAGAUUGUGAAGUAGUCUGUAAAUUGUACUCUUACUUGUAAACAUGUGUCACUGACUUAGAUGAUUUACUAAAUACCAGGAUAAAGAAAAAUGCUCCUCAAAACUAAUUAAAGUUCUCUGGGGUCAUAAGUCAAAAUGGUAUUGAUAAAUAUUAACAGACUAAGUUAUUGCCUAGCCUAUAAAUAAAUUCAAAAUACCUAAUUUCAUCUUGAGGUGGUGCUUUUUUCUUUUACACACAAUUGGACAGCUGGCAUUUAAAACCCAACUUAAACCACUUGCUUACACUGCUAGUACCUUUUCUACUUUUGUAAAUGGAAACAUUGCAGCAUAAAAAAUCAAACAUACAAAGCAAGGGUUGAAUCAUAAUCAGCAAGGGUUUAAUUUUGAUAAACGAAUUCAGUGACCUGAGGAUUUACUGCACACGCUGAUUGAGAAGGUAGCAUUGGCAGCUGUGAUAGGCUGUAUUUUCUGGGAUUUGUUUUCCUUCCCCUUACUCUUCAGGAAAAAGGUAAGUUGACUUGAACAACUUUCUUUUGCACUGGGAAAGUGAACAAAUAUUUGAAAUGCUUUUAAAAAAAAUUUUUUUAAUUAAAAAAACUCUGGAAAAUAUUAAAUGUCUGUAACUUAUAAACACCAACUUUUGAUGUAAUAAGUAUACCCUAAUCUUAAUGUAUGUUUAACUGGAUUAUAGAUUCUUAUCUUUUGUUAAAAUAUGUAUACUCAGUGGACCAAUAUAAUAUUAAAGUAUGUAUAUAUUAUAUAAAUAUAUAUCUAUAUCUCCACAUGUGCUUGUGUAGGAUGAAUGUCGUAGAGUCCUUUGUGAUAUGUUGUUGACCCUGGCCUCGGGGCCUGCUCUUGAAAAGGACAGAUGUGUGUUGCCGAAAGCUCAGUGGCUCUGCCUAGAAAGUUUUAACCAUCUUCUACCAGUUCAACUUUAUUUGGGCUCUCUUUAUAGAAUUUUCUCUUUACUUUUCAAACUUCCAAAUUAUAGGUUGUAAUUAUGAAAAUUAAAUAAACUUUAAAUAAUAAUAAAGCAUACUAUCCAUAUAUCCAGUUUGCACUGGAGUUUUUCAGUCCUCUGAUUAUGUCUGCUGUACAAGGAGGAGUAGGUGUGCAGUCAGCACAUAUUAGUGUGUCUAAAAUGUGUGGGACAGUACCUGGUAGAGAAUAAAUAAUAUGCAUCAAAUCUCA